AUGAGCACAACGGCUAUCUCGGAUACUGCUGCCAUUACGUUGAUGAGUACGGAUAUCGAACGAAUUGGAAGCGGUCUUAGAGAGAUGCACGAGGUAUACUCAAACUUCACCGAGGUUGCGUUGGCCUUGUGGCUGCUCGCACGACUGCUGAAUAUAGCGACAAUCGCUCCUACCGUGGUUGUUGUCGUAUGUUUGGCCGCAGGUGUACCGCUGGCAGUCGCUUGUGGAAAAGCGCAAGGCAUCUGGCUCGAGGCUGUCGAGGAGCGGGUGACAGUUACCUCAAAAGUUCUCGAUGUUAUGAAAAACAUCAAGAUAACAGGCUUGACCGAAACCAUCUCCGGCAGUCUUCGGGAUUUGCGAUCUGCUGAGAUUCAUGCUUCGUUUCCAUUUCGACUCUACGAGACACUGGGUAUUACACUGGGGUAUACCUCUUCAUCCUUGGCCCCGGUGUUUGGAUUUGGUGUUUAUGUUAUUCUUGCCCGAGCAAAUGACACAGCUACACUGACGAACGGCCUGGCCUUUUCUGCGCUAACACUCUUUUCGCUACUGGAUCAACCAAUGGGCUCUAUUGUGAAUGGCUCAGAAGACCUGAUGGCAGUGGUCAAUUGCUUUCAGCGGAUCCAAAAGCACUUGAUGGAAGCGGAAAGAUUUGAUUAUCGGCUAAAGCACGAUGCUCGGGGUUCCCAAUCAGCGCAAGGUGCUACUACAGCGCCUCUGGUUGAAACUGAUUCCUCGGCCUGGGAACACUACAUCGAACCUUGUGCUAUCAUUCGAAAUGUCUCUGCAGCUUGGUCAAUUGAUACUGAACCGGUACUGAAAGGCCUGAACAUUGACAUCCAAGAGUCCAAGAUUACAAUGAUUGUUGGGGCUGUUGGCAGUGGCAAGUCUACUUUUUUGAAGAUGCUCAUGGGGGAGGUCCCAGAAUGUUCUGGCUCGAUCUCUACCAGCUUCAAUCAUGCCGCAUAUUGUAGUCAGUCACCAUGGAUCACAUUCGGUACAAUCCAAGAAAAUAUUGUUGGUGCAUCGCCAUGGGAUCGACCCUGGUACGACCAGGUUACCAAGUCGUGCGCUUUACAAGCCGAUUUCAAACAACUUCCUGCGGGGGAUCAGACAAAAGUCGGCGUUUCCGGUUCUCGUCUCAGUGGCGGACAGCAAAUACGUGUGUCGCUUGCGCGAGCUCUUUACUCGAAAGAGCCGGUUCUUGUUUUAGACGACGCGCUCACGGGUCUUGAUCGAGAGACCGAAAAGAUAAUUCUAGAGAAUCUGUUUGCUGAACAUGGUUGCCUCAAACGUUCUCGGCAGACAGUAAUUAUGGGAACAAACUCAGCGCAUCAUCUUCUAUAUGCCGAUAACGUCAUCGCGCUGGAUAAGGAUGGUAGAAUCACCCAACAUGGGUCGUAUAGUGAUCUCAUGGGUUCCGAUGGCUAUAUUAGAAUGUUUUCCAAUAAUAUUCACCCAGUCAACACCGUCCGAGCUCCCAAUAUUGGAUUGGAUGACGAAACAUUGCGGGAAUUGAACUUGGAUGACCAACAUACGGAUUUAAGUCGACGAACUGGCGACUGGACUGUCUAUCGGUUUUAUUUUCAGAACAUCGGCUGGCCUCUUCUGUCGAUCUUCCUUGCAUGCUGUGUUCUCUUUAUUCUCGGCCUCAGCUUUCCUCAAAUCUGGCUGCAGUGGUGGACUAGUGCCAAUGAGCAGCACCCCAACGAACAUGUUUAUUAUUGGUUGGGUGUAUAUGCGGCACUUAGUUUCUUCUCACUUCUAACAACCUUUAUUGGCACUUGGAUCCUCAUCAUGAUCAUACAGCCCCGAACAGCCCGUCGGUUUCACGAGAUUCUCUUGCGUACUACAAUGGGCCAAGACCUCGAACUCAUUGACGAUGAGCUUCCUUCGGCCUUAGAGCUAACAGUCAAUGCUGCGCUAAGCUGUGUGAUAGAAGGAUUCUUAGUCUUUGUUGGCUCUUCUUACAUCACAGCAGCAGUGGUUCCAGUCUGCGUCUUGGUGGUAUACUACGUGGCAAAAUUUUACGUCCAGACCUCUCGUCAAAUGCGUCUGCUAGACAUCGAAGCCAAAGCACCUUUGUUCUCACAAUUCUUAGAAGCCCUCAACGGUCUCUCCAGCAUUCGAGCCUAUGGCUGGACCAAGGAUUACCAUCGACGUAAUCAAAUUGCCCUUGAUGCUUCACAACGUCCUUCCUAUUUACUUUAUUGCAUUCAGCGCUGGAUUGGUCUUGUGCUAGACUUGAUAGUGGCCGGUAUCGCUGUCAUUGUCAUCGCUGUCGCAAUCUCGAUGAAGGGUAGCCCUUCCAUGAAUCUAUUGGGUAUCGCGUUAUUCAACAUUGUCAACUUCAGCGGCACCCUUCAGAUGCUUGUUACAGACUGGAUUGGAUUGGAAACCUCUAUUGGGGCCGUUGCUAGAAUACGCUCAUAUGUGCGACAAGUCACCCCUGAGGAUUUAGAUUCCGAAACAGAGACCGUUCCCGAAGACUGGCCUCGGAAUGGUGGGAUUGAUAUAGCUGGUCUUUCAGCAUCUUACGAUACCGCUUCAGACCCUGUUCUUACUGGAAUUGAUCUCAGUAUUCAGCCCGGUGAAAAGAUUGCUCUAUGUGGCAGGACUGGCAGUGGGAAAUCCUCCCUUGUUUCGGCAAUUCUGCGAAUACUGGAACUGAAUAGCGGCACAAUUCUCAUCGAUGGCAUAGACAUUUCGAAAGUCUCCAGGUCACACGUCCGGUCCAGAAUCAACACCAUUCCGCAACAACCCUUUUUCCUCCAUGGCACAGUACGGCUAAACGCCAACCCCAAGGGAAAUGCAACUGACGAAGCAAUCGUUGAAUCCCUACAAGCAGUCAAUCUAUGGUCUCAUAUUCAACUCAAGGGAGGGCUGGAUAUCGAUAUGUCCGAUGAUUUACUGUCUCAUGGGCAGCAGCAGCUUUUCUGCCUUGCAAGAGCACUUUGCAAGUCUAGCAAUAUCAUCAUUAUGGACGAGGCCACUAGCAGCGUGGAUUCGGAAACAGAUGCGCUCAUGCAAACCGUCAUUCGGACGCACUUCAAAGAUCAAACCGUCAUCGCUAUUGCGCACAAGCUGCAUACAGUCUUGGACUUUGACAAAGUUGCUCUUCUAGAAAACGGAAAAAUUGUGGAGUUCGAUACACCUAAGGUGCUUUUGUCAAAAGAGGGAUCGGCAUUUAGAACUUUAGUGGAGGCGUUUCACGACAGUUCCAAAGAAUAG